CCCACUGCUCGUCCCCUCCAAAACGCAAGGCGCAUGCGCAUGCGCGGUCCUUGUUUGGGCGCGGGCGCUGGAGGCGUGGAAGAGCUCGUGGCUGGUCGGUAAAGCGGUUGGCUGCGGGGAAGAGGCGCCUCCCUUAACUGACUUGUAACAUAACCCUCAAGGACUUCCCCAUGGCUGACAAGCAGGCAAGCCAUUUCAGUUCUCCAGAGAAGAGGCCGGUGUUGUUGUCAUCUAGUUCCUCUUCCACAGAACUCGCCACUUCCGCCUCUUCUGACCUGCAGCCCUUUUCCCUGGGCCGGGCGUCAACCUCUUCCGUGUCCCCCAGUAAUCUCUCCUCCUAUACGGUUCCUGUUCGCCUGGAUGUCCUCUAUUUUCUGCUCAACAGUGCCGCUAAGGGGGCCCAGAGUGCCCAGAAUGCCCUGCCCUCUGUACCCACCCAGGCUGGGCAAGGGCCAUUCUCCACAUACCCCUAUCCAGCUACUCAACACGUCGUGAGUUCCUGCAGUUGCUGCCACCAUUCCCAGUGUGGCACCAUGCCCUCCUAUGCCACAGUCCCACAUCCCGUUGCAGGUGCCAAUUGUUUGGGAGCAACUCAGGGAAGCUUUGUUAACCAGGCAGUGUUGAGUGCUGGAGUCCUCGGGAACCAAAAUAGUGGACAACGUUAUGUUGUCACCCGUCAAGGCGAUGGGAAAGGCGGGCCUGGCUUUGCCCAGCCUCAGCCAGGAAACGUCUGGAGAAGCAGGGAAUCCACAACAGGCUGGAUGGAGAACCAAAGACAGGAAGGAGCAGACCGAGGUAACAGCUGGCAAGGCAAGUGGCCCAGUAGAGGAAGGUCUUGGGGGGACCGGAGACAAGGCAGCUCUGAGCCAGGCUCCUGGAACACCGGGUCAAAGGGCUGGGGAAGGGAAGGUUCCCCAUUUGGCUCAAAUUCUGGUGGCGGAAGAAGGAACCAGGAGUGGGGUUCUCGAAAGAUGCCAUGGGACGCCCCAGAAGCCAAACGACGUCAAGAUGAUGUCAAAGUGGAGUGGCCGAGGAACCACAGCAAGCCAGAGGCAACAAGCUCUGCCAGUAAGGCAGCAGAUACCAAUCCAGCCAAACCAUCAUUGAUUCAAGCAGGUGAAGACUGGGACUUGGAUUAUAAGAGCAAAAAAGCAAGUUCUGCACCUCAGGCCAGCGUUUCUCAUCCGGCCCCUCAGAAGAACCAGGGGGAUGCCCACAAAGCCAGUGAAGAAUGGGAUAGUGAAUAUUCUCCGUCUCCCAAUCCACCCAAAUCGAAGCCAAGCACCUCUCUUCUUUUUGGAUCUUGCUCGAAAGAUCCCAAAUCCAGCACAGCAAAGAUUGCUGAUUCUCGUGCAGAUCAGAGCAAGAAUGGUGGGUUUGCCAGCUACCUCAAGGGUCUUUCUUCUGACCUCCCCGGGAAAUCCAGCUCCGAGGAGUCCACAGAUCUGAUCAUCGAAACGGACAUGGAGUUGUCCAAAGACAGCGACGAGGAGCAGUCUUCGAAAAGUGUAGCUGGAGAGGAGUCGAAAGCUUCAAAAAUUGGAAUUAAGGCAGGGAUGUACAGCUUCAUGGGAGGAGGCUUGCUCUGUGCCUCUGUCGGGAACGUUCUCCUGGUGGUGUCCACAGUGACCGACUAUUGGAUGCAGUACCGGGUCGCUGGCACCUUUGCUCACCAGGGCCUCUGGAGGUAUUGCUUCCCCGGAAAAUGCUACAUGCAGAUGGAGAAGUUCGUCUUAUUCCCUUCAGUCUACUGGAACUCCAUCCGGGCCUUCAUGAUCCUUUCUGCCCUCACUUGCUUUGCUGGCGUCAUUACGGGGAUUCUCUCUUUCGCCCAGCUUUCCACUUCUCAGCGCUUCAAUAGGUCCUUUGUGGCUGGCAUCCUGUUCUUUGUGUCUGCUCUGUUCGUAAUUCUAGCCAUGGGGCUUUACACCGGAGUCACCGUCAACUUCCUGGGCAAACGGUUUGGCGACUGGCGCUUCUCCUGGUCCUACAUCUUGGGUUGGGUUUCUCUCUUGUUGACUUUCUUUGCAGGUAUUUUUUACAUGUGUGCAUACAAGAUUCACAAAUGCCAGCGCUUAGCUGGCGUCUGCUAACUUUAUAGAAUGCACUGAAACAGGAUGUAUCAAUUGCAUCUGAAAAACCAGGGACGUGGAAAGGGGUGGAAAUACUUCCGAAAAAAACACUGACCAAUCAAGACUAUAAUGUUUACAGACAAACACCUCCCUUGAUCUGUUUUCUGGUGUAGUGUGAAGACAAACAGCAUUGUCUGGUGGUCCAGGAUUUUAAUUUCAUCUCUGCCUUUGUACUCACUGGGUGAUUUUGUUACUCCCCUCUAUCCCCUUGUCUGGAAUACAUGAACAAUAAUACUGACCUUACAGGAUUGCUUUAUCAGCUCUGCAUAUGAAGUGCUUGGAGAAGGAGCCUCCCCAGAAUAAAAAUGAAUAUGACGGCAUAGAAAGAUAACUGGAAGCACAACACUUUGAGUUAUUUUUAAAAAUGUUGACAUCAGCCCCAUAUGAUUGUAAUUUUUCAGGUUCAUUAUUUAAAUGUUAAGUUUCAAAAAACUUAAAUAAAACAUUUUUUAAAA